UAAUAACUGGGUAUUCGAGUUAUGUUUUUCAUAUAUAUGUUUGUGCUAUGAAGAAAUAUUUAUUGAGUAACACAUAUUUGUUACUUAAAUGGUGGGUCGUACGAAUGCAGGUUUUCCGAUGGGAGAAAGUGCUCGAGGAAGAGGGUAUAGACGAGGUAUUCGUGCAAGACGAUUUGCACCUUACCAGAGUAGAAUACAGGGACCACGAGGAGCAAAAAUCGCUUCAUACCACAGCCACUCAGAGGCUGAUCAGUCAGGUUCAGAUGACUCAACGCAGCCUCCCAGUCAUCCAUGGGAGCCGCCAUGUCCCAAUCCAUUGCCCCCACCUGAGCCGAUUAGAGAGCCCCCACCUGAGACGCGUAGAGCACCCUCACCCGUAAGAGAACCCCCACCUGAGACGCGUAGAGCACCCUCAACCGUAAGAGAACCCCCACCUAACGGAGACAAUACCGGUACAAUAAUUAUUGUGGUUCUUUUCUCAAAACAUUACUCAUAUAAGUGUACAUAAAAAAGUUUUUAUAUUCAGACUUAUACUGAAUUUUUGUUUGCUGAGAAUACAGAUUUGACUAUCCCCACGAUGCCCAACGCAAACGAAGAACAGCCCAAACGGAGACGUGGGCCAGCUAAGUGUCUUGAGUUCGAGAAGUUGAGAAAGUAUGGCCCCGUGAUUUUGAAGAUCAAUGACGGUGAAACAGCGCCGUGCUGUUCGAACGCAGCGAUGUUCACGGCACGGGUAACACAACUAAUAAAACAGCAUUGCGACAUGAGCUAUGCGAGAUGGACUAAUGUGCCGCAAGCACAGAAGGACGAGUUGAUUGACCGUGUCAAAGUAAGAGAUAUUGCCUUUUAUUUUGAGAAAAGGUAGUGGGUGUACACAACACAAGUUCAAAAUAACGUGGAUGUUCAUCCAUGCAGGGUGACUUCGUUUUAGAUUGGGAUCGGGAGAAUCAUAGACUGGCCGUCAGGAAGCAGUUGCGUAAGCGGUUCAAUGCAUUCCACCAUGAAUUACACAAAAAGUAUGAAUCAUACGGUAGUCACGAGGAAGCAUUGGAUGCUGGGAGUAUGAUGGUUGGCUUGGAAGUCUGGGCUAAGUUGUGUGAGAGGUGGGGAACCGAGGAAUUCAAGAAAAUUGCAAGACAAAAUCGAGAGAAUAGAAAGGCGCAAAUCAUUAACCACACUGCAGGCCGCAAAUCUUUUGUUAGGCUAAUGGAGGAGAAGCGGGCUACUUCUGCGAAUUUGGUGGAGUUCUAUAAGGAGAGUCACUGGUCAAAGAAGAAUGGUAAAUUUGUCACCGCAGCAACUGAAAACACUUAUAAUGAGAUGGUCAGGAAGAUGGAUGGUCUAGAGCCUGAGCAACGCAACGACGAGGCAGCAGCAAGUGUAUUUAGAGAGGUGCUUGGGCAUAGACCAGGAUACGCGAGGGGGCUAGGAGAGAUGGUCAUUCCGGAGUCGACAAGACAACGGAACACCCAAAAAGAAAGAGAGUAUCAAGCCUUAAUUGAAAAACACAAGACAGAUGCUGAGAAUUACAAGAAAGAUGCUGACCAUUACAAGACGAAGCUUGAUGAAGUGAUGGGUCAAAUGCAAGUUCUUCUUGAGAGGCAAAAUGCUACUGAUGCUUUGAUGCAAUCAUUUUUUCGAAAUUUCCAAAGUAACCCCGAGUCUCUCCAGGCUAUCCAGUCUCUCCAGUCUCGUGGAGAGACUUAGUGAGCAUGCUAGUAGUCUAUUUAUUUAUUUUGGGCAUAUUUUUGGUCGUGGGAGAUGGUGGGUGGCCAAAUUAUAAAUGAAAACAUAUAUAUAUAUAUAUAUAAAUGGCUUUAAAGAGGAUUUGCUUUUUGAGUUGUGGUUAUUGUGGGAGGCAUUUGGGCAGUGGGGGGAUUUUUUGUGUACGGAAUUUUCUGCUUGAAUGUGGGCUUUCCUAGAAUUGUAGCAGCUUGAACAGCCAUGAAGAGAAGGUUCUUAUUAUCCGUGCAGGAGAUGAAGACUCUAUAGAAGUUAUGUAAUUGCUUGAUCCGUUCUCAUACUUUUAAUUUACACAACAAUUGUGCCUAUUCCCACUAUAGUUAUUGUGGUUAUAUUUAUAUUACAUUUUUUGAUAAACUAACAGGCUGUAUGAAACCGCUCAAACAAUUGCAGGAGCUGUUAUUAUUGAUGGAGUAGUUGGACCGCCAUCAUGGAUGCACACCAGCUUAAUCUAGGGGUUGGAGAGAUUGAAAGGCGGACUAAAAUGAUUAGAGGAUGAAUCAUCCCCCACAUGAUGCAGACGUGUUGAAGGUGUUCUACCCAUGCCACGAAGCUCAGGUGCCCAUUAUACUAUAGAUGACAUGAAGUAAUUUUAGUCUAUAGAGGAGCAUUUCAGUUGGGAAAUUCUGGAUUUCAUGUGUUUUAAUCAAAUGUGUAGUUUGUAAGUUGUAGGAAGAAAUUGGUCCACCCGCAAUGUAUAUAGCCCAAAACUAAUGUGAAUUUCCCACUGGGUUUAGAAGUAUGAAUGUGAAUGAUUUAUAAUAUUCGAUCAAAAUGUUAGAUUUAGCAAUGAAA